AUGCAAUCUGCCAGCCCUGGGGCUGAAUCACCACUAAGUGAUUCUGAUGAAACUGUUAUCCUCCAGGACAGUGGAACUCCUGAAAAGUGUGAGCAACGACCCUCCAGUAGUCUCUCAUUUCUCCGCUUUGUCUCUAUUGAUGGACAAACUUAUGAGCCCAGGCCGCACCUCACAAAACGGACCAUUUACGAUGCUCUCACUGCUCAGUCUUCCACCAUAGUCUGCACUACCGCCAGUAACUGUUUGCCCGGGUUGUCGUUUCUGCAGUCACAUCCAUCCUUCUCAUCCCUUCUGCAAAAUGCUUCGGGGAGUUUUGCCCUAACAGACGGUAAAAUGCGCCCGCUUUGUGGCGAGACAGGACGCAGUCUCGAGCCUUUCCUCGACGUGCCACCUGUUACGUUGUCGCCCUUGCAGCCCGCUUCAACAUCCUCGAUAACUACCAUCUCAUCGGCCCUACCAGCGCUCCGAACACAUGUGGCCAUCGCUCCCAAAGCCAUCUCAGACGACCAGACUACAUCAUCUGCAGAAUACCCCAUAUCCUCCAAUGGAAUAACUUCUCAUCCUUCUGUUUUGCGUACGAAAAACCGCGAAGCUGCUCGAAAGUGUCGGCAAAAAAAGAAAAAUUAUAUAUUGCAAUUAGAAAAGGAUUUCAAGGAGCUUAAGGUUAGCUAUUUGAAUGCAAGUUUGAGUUAAACACGUGGGAGCAUGUAUAAUAAAGACCGUACCCGGAGUUGACUUUCGCGCACUUAGAUUUCGUUAUUUAUUUUUUCCGACGUGCAAGUUAAAUUUAGUGAUACCCAUGAUCGGCGCCGGGGUCUGCGAUCGCAAUGGAGUUAGCCUGGCAACCUUACUGACUUCUGACGUGUAGUCUUUGGUGUAUUUAAUCCCACAUAUCUCGUUCACGUUCCGACUACAGAGUCGACAUUCAGCUAUAUGUACGGCACAACCCAGAUUUGAGCGAGUGAUGGCUUUUCUCGUAAGUACUCGUGGAUACCUAACAUUGGUAACCCAGGGACAUGCUGUAAGGCUGAUCCGCCUUUAUCAGUCCCUCAUAAAGUCCCGUUUUGCCUGAGAACGAUGCUGUGAACUUCGCUUCUAUUGGCGUUGCUGUGUCAAGAGUUUCUGCUCAGUGAUUCGUUCGACUUCCCGCCUGCCGGAGGUCAACGUCUGUUCGUACUUACAGCACAUCUCUGUGUCUCUAUGUCACGACAUGACUGGGCGUGCUCUUCGCGGUAUUGUGACGUUCACAGUUAGGGAGGAAAAACGCUGGAAUUUCCGUAAUCUGGUGGAAGUUGGCACAUAAUACCUUGCGUUGUUUGCUUUCCAUGAUGGUAGUUCGCGGCGGAUACGAUCGCUGCGUAGGCAUGGAUGGCCUUAGCGGGAAUUCAGUCAACAUGGGAACAGCUCAUAACGUCAGCAGAAAUCUUCCUAUUUUCACCAUUUCGUCAACAAAAACUUGAGCCAAGGCGACUACAGACUGCGACUGACACUGAACAUAAUGGCUGAUCUAGCCCAUGUCUCGUUUAUGAGUGCCUCACACGCGUUUGUUCCUCUUAUACAACAGGCCUGAGUACGCUUGCAUGAUUGCACGCGGAAACUGCGUAUCAGUGCUUCGUUCUUGCCACCUACCUUAACCGUCUGCAUUAUUCCUUAAUAAACUUUAAUUUCUUGCACAGCCACGAAGCCUCACCACCACCGCCUUGCAGCUCUUUAACCUCGUGCCGUGGCAGAUUCCGUAGUGGUUUUACACUAACGGCCCUGGCUUGGUAAGAGUCUGCACAGCCGUAGAGGUCGAGACUGAGGUCUUGUCGUUUGCCUUUGAUACUCUUCGACAUUGCAGUUUAUGAGAAAGUGAACUUAUCCUCAGCGGGGAGACAAUGCCCGUUGGCGUUGACUGGUACCUGCUGACCAUUCAUACACUAGCUUUUAUGUGUUCUGACAAGUACUAGCAUAAGUCCAUGCAAUUAUCUUGCCGACUUUUUGUGCUCACUUGGCGCAACUAGGACAGGUUUGAUUCAUCAUUGGGUUCACCGAGGACUACUCUGCUUUCUGUCGACCGUUUCUGAUGAAAGCUGGAGUUGUACCAGACCCGCAGCUGAACCAAAUUCCUUCUAUUUUUCCCACCCAUCCGCAGAAAAUCGGUAAAGCAUCAACUGUUUGGUCAGUUCGUGUGCUGUGAAUGAAUCACGCAAUACCCUGCUACCUUCGCUGAUGCAGACAUUUCAGGCUUGUUCUGCCUGCUCCAUGACCGGAGCCAGCGUUAGUAGUGUGGGCCGCUCUAAUCAUAACCUUGUUUGAGAUCAUCUCCAUAUUUGACUCUAAGGUAUGGAGUUCAUCCCUUUCCAGGCUGCGAUGUGCUCGAUUCGACGGCUGCUCCUUGACAUCGACUGCUCUGUUUGUCGAAAUCUUAAAGAACAAUGGUGUUUCAUAGCCAGCCAAUGGUACAAGCCUCUGCGAUCGGAGGCGUCGGUACUCGUCUUUGACUGAACAUCUAUAUAUAUGAGCUGAAUCUUUGGGCCGAGCUUUCAGCUGAAAGGGGUAAGUGGUCUCGGGUAUAGUCCGUGUGACUGUGAUUACUAUCAACGAAAACAAGGCGUGCGAGAAUUAAACAGCUUUGCAUUUGCCUGUUUUUCUGAUGCCCGGGUUGGGAGCGCUUCAUACACCUCUGCCGCUUGACUGGCACAAAGUCUAUGUUAAUUGACUUCGCCCGCGUCUGGCUGAACGUCGGGAAAAGCUACUUUAACUGUCAUUCUCUGUCCCAAUUUUCGAGAAAAACAGCCGAUGGACCGGUGAGGAUUUUUUCCGUUGUGAGUUUUCCGUCGGAUUGUCGCUCAUAACUUUAUAAGCCAUUCAUAAGCAUUUUGGUUGAAGAAGGCUUCUGAAACUGUCCAGUUACGCGUAAAGCCUUUCCUCAGGCACCAUAAACACCGACGUGCCCUUUAUCGUCGGUCAUUGUCCCAAAGGAGGACUUGGAUCCGCCUAUACGUCCAUAAGAUGUCGAUGCAGUCGCCUCCGCGGAACCACGACACCUCCAGCUUGUACAGCCUUUUUAUUGCAUUUGCCACUUGGAGGAUUUCCAACACACGUGACUAAACGGUGAUUCUGGUAAUUCAGAGGCUUGGUGGGCACCUGGAACAAACUAAGAUGACUUCCUUUCGACAUCCACUCAAUUUCUCAUUCUCAUUUUGAAAUUAUGGACUUUAGUCGACGCAAUUGCUUUCGUGGCAUAUUGUCAAAUGACACUCUUAGGCGCAUGAAACUAUUGGGCCAAGUGUGACCACCUGAUUCUUAAUAUCUACGAUAGUACUUUAGACUUCAGUUGAACAAGGAAGCUUGAUCGGUACCCUAUCCAAAAGCUAUACUGUUUUUUCUUGCCUGUGUGCUGCAACACAAGUAGAAAGGCUACUGAAACUGACAUCAUGGUCCAGGGGACCGACGUCGCGCUACGUCUCGCCGUGUUGUAUGCCACGUGCGUCAAACCUUAGUGCACUGACAAAAUUAUUUAACCUUAGGGCACAGUUCCUGUUUCCCUCAUGUGGGUCAUAAAACUCCGUAGCCGAUCAGCCAGUAUGUUGAUUUGGGCAUGUAAGUUUAUACCUGAAAAGGCGUUUAGCGAGGCGCCUUAUUGCCCUCCUGUUUCCCUGCAGCCGCAGAAAUAUCUGCGAACGACGGUCGACAGUCGUAGUUAUAUUUGCAGUCGGGCGUUCCCGGGCUGGACCACUGGUGGUAAUUUCGAGCUUGUUGUGUAUGGGAACUUAGAUUAACGUUCCACAUACCGUAGUAUCGUAUCUCGCAAUUUUAGCUCUUUCAUAUUGUUGAAGUAGGCGGGUUACUGGACUGGUUCGUCUUCAAAAUCUUGUAAAAUCUUCAUUCAACGCUGUUGACAGGGACAUCUCCAAGGAAUCCAUCUAUUUUUGGUUCAGCUCAGCUGUAACCACCACUUGCAGAACACAUGGUCUUUCGAUGCGGCGACUAGGUUCUAGUCGGCUCGGUGAAGAUCGACUCUUGUACAGUUACCAAGUCUGGUUGCUGCCUUCGUUUAGUUUAGUACCUCCCCGAGUUUAUUAGAAUAGGACGUUUACUUAGUCAUUUGUUUUCACCUGAAGGUGCAGCGGAGACGGUUAGCUUUUGAGUUUAUGGGACGAAGUUAUUAGUCAUCUCUAGAUCACCUGCCUGGCAACGUACCAUAGACCGUAGUUGAGUCUCAGUGCGAGCUUUUCCAACGGCACUCUAACUGCUUGCAUCGAUAACACGUGUGUCGUCUGACCUCCCUCAACAUUCUCACAAAUGUCACCAGGUUGUCAAAAGUCCAUGCAUCUGGCUCACGCGGCCCAGCAAAGUGACAUUUGCAGGCCCUCGACAGUCUAUAGAUGCGUUCUCAACUGCUUAGUAGCCACGGAUCUGCUGUGUAGACGCAUCCCACAUCCAUGCCCUUAUAAUUUGACUUCCACAACAAUAAAACUACACAUCUCUUGUCUUCAAUUCCCAAAAUGAUCUUUUUUUGCAAUCUCCGGCGUCCAACAAACACUGCAGAAAGCGCAUUCGUGAUCUUUAUAGCAACACCUCAGCGACAGGUAGAUUUGACGCCCGUUCAUAGCGAAUGAAUGCCGUUUUGCGAGGGCUGCAAAGCCAUUUUGAUUAGACUCGCCAUUAGCACUGUUGACACGAAGGUGUAAACUUACCAGCUCCCGACAUUUUGAUUCUCAACUAGUUGCGGUUUAGCAGGCACACCUCAGAAAUACAAUAUCUACAUUUUCCUAUAUUGUUGCCACAUUCCUGGACUCUGCGUCUCCAUGGGGAAGGACCUUCAUAGCUCCAUGCCAACAUGAAGUCUAUUCUGCAUUUAACUUCUCAGCAACAACCAUCAGAGCACUUUACUCUUCACGUAAACGCGACCUGUUGAUAGUGGUCAAAAUCAGUUACGACGGACGUCAAUUCAUCAUGGACGUUCGUCUCAAACGCAUACAGUAGGUGGCGUAUCUCAUGAAAUAUUAACUGAACUUCUUAAAUGUGUCUUCAGUUAGAAGGGACAACUUAUGUCUGGUUGCAAUAUUGAUUAUCAGGCGGCAUAGUCCCAAGAUAUUUAAUUCACACCAGGAUGCCGGCUUGGAAUUUGCUUUUUUCGGACCGCCAGCAAAAACCACACUCGGCAGAAAACGGCCGCUUGAAUAGCGUGGUUUUCCUGUUUUUUUUUCGACGUCCUUCUAAAUGGUUGUACAUCUAUCGAAAGCUUACGCAAAAUACCCUUUUUUGUGCUACUUUUGCAGCACGUCAUGUCUUAAAGUUCUAUACUUAAAGAGGAUAUUUUUUCGGUUUUAAAAACAUUUUUCAAUUCCCGAAUAAUUUUGUACUCGAGCUAUCGUUGCAUUUGUGUUUAGGGCUUACAAAUUACAGGCUUAUACCUUCCAUGCUAGGAAAAGUUUAUGUACCUCUGUGUUAUUAAUGAGAUACCUUAUAGGGCUCAUUAAAUUUUCAAUUGAUAUGGGCUCCGUUGUAUACUUCCUAGGGAACAAUUAUAAACGGACGGAUGCCAUACUAUUUGAAUGGGCAUUCGUUGUCUUGAAAAAUCCCAUAAUAACAGACUUUCUUGACACCGAAAAACGUUCUUUCCUUGAGUGUAAAAUCUAAAAGAGACUUACUCUGCUAUCGGAUUGUUUUUCAUAUGCUUUCUAUAAGGUGUAUUUAGAUUUAAAGGGGCGUCGAAAAUAAGUGUAAACACGCUACUUAAGCAGUCAUUUUCACUGAGUGUAGGUUUACGGGCGGCCGGAAGCAAGCGCACACAAAAGCCGGUAUUUGGACGUGACUGAAAUAUCUUGGGGUUAUGCCGCACGACAACGCUACCCUCCAACUCUCCGAAUUUUGGUUAACAUUUCAUGAUGUACGUCACCAACUUUACUUAUCUGGCUCACUAUUCUCCCCCUACCUUCUUCAUAUAUUUAAAAAUGAUUGAGCCGGCCGAAUGCUUUUUGCUUGUCCGUGGUGCACAAACUAAGCUGUAUGCCGCACAACAUUUGAUCAUCCGAGAAAUAGCAUGCCUUUUACAUAGUUGCCUAUGAAGUGCUACGUGCAGCAGUUCUUAGUUUCUUGCCCUAUCAUGCCAUUUGACUUGCUCAAUGCCUAUCGAAUACUCGUAGUCAAAUUCUUGCCCGCACCCUUAUUUCGUAGGAGCCAGGUUUUUCUUCGUACAGCGGAGCACUUAGGUCUUUGCCUUCCUUUUUGGCUCUCUCGUUUACCUUAUCUCAACAUUUUUGAUGUUACGGAUAGGAUCUAGUAAUGCCUGAUGUAACUUAAGUGCUGAGUGUUUACCUCGUAAGUACAAUAGAAAUUUUUCAGGCUACUAUUUUUUGCAUUCACCUCGAGCCUUACCGUGUUUAAACGAAAUGAACGCACCGGCAUAUGUUUCUGGCACUGAACAACUGCUCGGCAGCCACACGUUUUAAACCUCCGAGAGCACUUGCGGACCUUUUUUUAACUCUGUUAAAACAUCGAUAAUACUUUAUCGGUUUUAUUCCGCAGGAAUUGGUCGGACCAGAAACCUCUGUCCGGAUAUUACUUACGAGUGCGAAUCUUUACUUUCUUGUUUAUAUGGCUUUUGCACUCCAUCCUACCGUCUUAUCGGCCCUAAUAGCACUACUGGAUUCCAUAACUGUUCACACUAUUCUCCUGACCUCAUGACUCCAUCUCAAUGAUGUUUUGUAAGAUCAAAACGGAUAGAUUAGAAAUCGCGUUAUCAUAUGAAAGUGUUGUCCUCCCGGCAAGUCUGAGCUUUUAUUUGAUUUUCUAAAAUUGGAUGACAUAUCCGUCCUCCGAGUUUUUCCAAAAUUAGGUCUUUUUGCCCUCACCGGAGUUCUUACCACUACAUCGUGCAUUAAUCCUGCCCCUGCCCCGUUUAGCAGAAGUACGCUGCCUGCCUGCAGGAAAAUGAUGAUCUUAAACGUCUCAUCCUCCAGCGUUUCAACAUUGAUCUGCCACCAAAGAAACCAUCUAUAGCUUCAACUGAGGUUCGCAAUCUGCCGCCCAUUGCUCCUCACCCGACGCCACACAAUGCCCCCGUCAAAGCCGCUCCGACGACCGCGACGGCGGCAGCGGCAACGUCUCCUGGGCCAAGGCCCACUUGCCCUCUGGCUGUUACCGCUGCUAAUGCAAUUGUUGCGUCCACCGUCCCUGCCGUUAACUCCUCACCGGUAGCCGCAGGUCAACAGGUCCAUCUCAUCUUGACCCCUUCUCCGACUGUCAGUUCAAGCCCCCCGACUAUUGUCCUUCGACUUGCUGCAGUCGUUCAAGACGAUGCCAGUAAAACCAACGCCACUAACUGACAUCUGGAGUAAACCGUUAGAAAGCGCCAUUUGUCUUUCAACUAUGCCGUCCCUGCUGAACCGAUCGAUCCCUCGCCCCCCGCGUUUGCAUUUUUAUACAGCCCCAUUUCUCAUUUAAACUCCUUUUUUCCUCGGGGUCAUACUUAUCCUGCCCCUAUCGCUAUGUAUCUGCACCCGUGUGUGCGGGGUUUCAUGGACUUUAAGGCGAAAGUUGUUCAGGUAGCCUGGCGUUGCACUCAACUACGGCAUUUCAGAUUUCCGAUUGCCUUGUCCCUAGUAUAUUAUGGGCAUACUAUUUAAUAAACGUUUACCACACUCACGCAUCGUUUUCAUCUUUCUGUGUUUCUGUCUGCAAAACCUUGCGUAACCGUCACCUUCUAGGAGUCGUUCAAAAACCUGCAUAUCCGAGAUGAGUUUGGUCUCCUUCCGGCCAUGUACACGGGGUAUGUUAGUUACUAUUAUUGUUACCUUUUGUUCGGUGUUGUUUAUUCAUGUCAAUUAACGCGUUAGUCCUCAUGCAGAUGACAAUGAUUCUGAGCGUCUAUUCUCCUUUCCAUUGUUGCUAUAUCUAAAGCGCGUCAGCAGUCCAAAUCGACGGAUUACUAAUAACUAAUCUUUGAGCAGACUUUCUCGGCGUAGUUUGCCCAAAUUUUCCUCUCCAUCUGGAUGCAGUAGUAAUUUUCAUACCUGUUGACUAGUCCAGACAUAUGGCUUACCAUUCGGUUGCUCGUCUGUAGAAGCAGCGAAGGGUUUGGAUAGGAAUGACACUUGUUUUUGUUUAAACCGCCAUAACUGGGAUUUCGAAGCUUGAGGAAGGACGGUAGACUGGCGCAACUCGAAAGCACUUGGUAUUUGUCAAUUCAAAGGAGAUGCCAAUCGAUUCCGAAAGUGCUGUUUGUGUUUUUAGAGGUCAUGGUUGCUCAGUCUUUUGUCCGCCUAGCUGUUCUCUGCGACCCAUGAGGCGAUUAUGUAUGCACUCACUCUCAUUACUGUUAGUCUACAAGUACUUGCGACGUAUAUUUAACCGGUACACUUUUUUAUCUGUCGGUUGUAUACCUAUAGCGUACCUAUGCGUAAUUAACUGGAUUCUGCAAUUUCAGUGAUACAAUAUUAUAUUUCCCGUAUUCCUACACAUUUCUACUACUGUCCCCAGUUUUCCAUCGAACAUCGAGAGGCUUGUUCUUCAAAACUCUAAUUUUCGGCUUUCAGCGAGAAAUAGUUUUUAAUCUACCAAUGAUACCAGGGAGCCAUUCGUAACGCUUACAGCACUAUGUCCUUGGCGUCACAGAGGCCCAUUCCUUUUUACCUUUAUCAAGUCUCCAGGAUCCCACUUUGAGCAUUAGCACAUCGCCUUGAGACGACGCAAAGCAUUCCCACCUACCCCCUUAAAUUGCCCCUUCGUUUCUGAAUUUGUAACCUAGGUGCAUAGAAAUCACAUUCCAUCCUUUCCGUCCUGCUGUCGCUGCUUUUCGCCGUGCAUAUUGAAAUAGGCAAUUCACUUGUUUUUUCAAAUCGUUUGUACCUUUGCUGGUCUCGGUAAAUCUGGCAUUUUCUAUGUCCGAAUCCCUUUUGACGUUUUUUUCACUAUUUUGCCAAUACAUCAGCUGCAGCACAGUACGCAAAUGCUGAAUGAUUCACCCACUGGCAGCAAAGAUACUUGCUAGAAUCCCAGACACGUGUUUCAGUAAGCUGGAUUUUUCACUGAAGUCUUUCACAGAUUGAAAAUAUUAAGAACUUUUGUGAAAUGGUCUAAGCCCUCUGUCUCCCCAUCUAGCAUUCCCAUAUUAGAUGCACUUUGUUUAUACGUUCAACUAAUCAGCUACUUACGCCGGAUCAGUAGGCCUUAAUUUUUCACGUAUAUCGUCUUGAUGAGUGUCCAUUAUAUUCGAAGACGCCUCUCAGUGGACUUCUUUAUCACUUACACAUCCCUCUUUCUUUGUUAGAAUCAAUAUUUUCACAUUAACUUUUACGAAUGUAACUUCCAACCUACCUGUUGUACCUUUUGCGAGUUGUCUCUUAUAAAGCCUUACCUGUUUUAUGGCAGGAAAAGGCCGAACUACCUCAUACAUCCAUUUUUACGACUAUGUACAAGGGCUGAAGUUGGCAAUUAUCAAAAUGUCCGGGGCACCUCGAAAAGCCAAAUGAAUCGACAUUUUGGAAGAAUGUGGAGAGUUUUGACUUACACAGGCCUUGUGGCAACGUUUCAGACUAGUAGCAUUGGAGUAUUAUAAUUUCCGUCGUGCUCUCCAUGUAAUCUCCUUCAGUUGCCGACUCACUAGUUGCUGGCAUAAAUUGCUUAUUUUAGUGAAUCAAUUUAUGCCUCCUCAUACGACUUGUAGUUCGUUUUACUCUGUAAUUAGUAUCAGAAGAUGGAACGAUUCUUGCCUCUUCUGAAUUUCAGUCUAGCCGGAAACAAGGCCCUGCCACAAGAGACCUUGGAACCCUCAACCACAUUCGGAGUCCCUGCCGGAGCCGUUUUCCCGCAUCCAGCGGCCGAAGCAGAGGCUCGACGCGGCCGUGAAGCCACGAAGAUGCAGGAUAUGCGUGUUCUUGGGGCCACCCAGGGUCAACAUGCAAUUUUGCGUCUUUCAAUGGAGGAGAAGAUUCUUAAGCGCAUGCACCCGAGACAGCCAUGUCUUUUUUCUCACCACCCACUGGCUGCCCAACUGGAUGGUAGCUUGGAUUCUAUCGAUUUUUGCGACGUCCUCAACAGUAAGUUUGGCCAUACGAUCGUCUGCCCGAUCUUAUUGUCUGUCGGUUUGCACGCUGUGACGUUACCGUGUCUCUCCCCACCUAUGUCAUGGCCUGUUGCGUAUCAACUCUUACUCUGCCUGGGCGCGGUGUAUCUGUUGUCUAUGUUUCACUAAUGACCUAGCUCUUUAGCCACCACAUUUAAAGGCGAACCGAAUCUAAGUAGGCAAUUUCUUUCCGUAAAACCGACUUCGCCACUAACAAGGUCUGUUAAGGAAGGUUGUAUCUGGCAGUUACAUGACUUAGCUGUACACCUCUGUCUUUGUGGUUGGGUCCUGGUCUUUUUUGGGCUUCUUUAUGGAUUUGCUGAAAAAGACGCCUUUAUGAAACCUUUUGCGUUUCGGCAGUCUGCAUCAUGCACAUCAUUCCGGAACUCCAGGUUGACAGUUGACACUGCGCGGUGUGGCCCUAGGAAUUCAGCAAAACUCGAUGUUGCUGUCGAGUUGUGAUCGCUGGGAAUUCUUUAUUCUUUGCAAACUGGUACAUUUUGUUGAAAGUUAAUGUUCCCCUAAUUCCAUUUACUUGUAUUGCAUGCUCAUUGCAAUUUUAUGCAUUCGAAAAGCGCUCGAUCUCCUGAAAAUCUUACUGUAGGUGACCGAAGUCACAAAUUUGAGAGUUCCUUUAAGUUUCCCGUUUCUUUUAUGACUCAUAGUGGUCGUGCCCUCUACAGUUGUUUCUACUUUACAAGUUUCAACGUCGCAGGCAGGCUGCAUUGAAGAUCGUUUAGUUCCGGGUUCAGGUAUUAACCCGACGAGCUUUUGUAAAAAUUUAAGGACUGAAUGUGUCAACCUGACUAGCUGUAACCUGGAUUUUUCUCAUGGGGACGAUAGGACAUCAGCUAGGCCACAGAGCUUAAGUAAACCAUGAUUUAUUGCGGAUGAUUUAAGUUGGUAGGCGAAUGUGGAGGAUUCCAGUAACUUGGUUUUCCGUACAUUCUUAUGCACCUUAGUUUUCCCUUAGGGAUUGUGCUUAUGCCCCCAAUACGAAGUUUCCUUCGGAUGCCGCGCACCCGGACGAGCGAGGUCCAUUGAGGUUUUAUCAGGUUUUAUCUACUAUGUAAAAGCGGCCUGUUUGGAUGCAUUUUUGGCGAAUGGUAGAAGUACAACCAGAUCCUCAUAAAGGCGAGGAACAAAUUACUCCACCGAUUUUGCCUCAUCUGUUCCAUCUCUGCCAUUCAUCUGGUCAUUCUCUCUCCCUCUCCACAUACACGGGGUUUUUUUCCGGUUUUUUUUCUGGGUAAUGCGAAAGUUGGGGACUUUUCCGAACCACCAGACCGUCCUUCAACAAAGGGCUUGUCCUCGUAAAUUGCAUGAAAACUUCUGCCAUCAAAUGCUCCAUCUAACUGUGGCACCAGGGCUACUGGCGAAGUUCAUCUGCGGGCAUAGUUGUGCUUGUGAUAGAAGUCGUCCAGCAGCAUAUUCUUGCUUCUCAAUAGCCUUUUUUCCUUGGAGAAACAACUUUUCAGAUAAAAUCCAUGUAUCAUUCCUUUUUAGAUCCGGAAGACGCGGAAACAAUUGGAUGGCCACACUUGCUAAUGGAACGCCAGCAGGGCAUUUUGUAAUUUCGCUUUUCUGUUCUGUUUAAUUCAAGCGUUAUAAAUGCCCCGAGCUCUCUCUCUCUCUCUCUGUCACUUAUUUUUGGAUCUCGCUUGAAACUGUAUGGUCGUUGGCUACGGUGCUAAAAAUGCGCCCUACAACCGGGGGCCGGAUGGGACAGUAGACCAGACCGGGGGGUGUACAGUAAUUAAUCCGAAGCUUAGUAAGCACACAUGAUACAUCUUUUUCGCGGAAUUCGUUGUGACUUUCCCCACAAGAUUACUGUCUGCUGCACGGUCCGCUUCCGAAUUUGAAUUCUACAGAGGCGACGUCAAAAGAAACCACUUUUUUCGGACAGGGAAUUGUGGUUUGCACCGGCUGAGGGAUCAAUAGUUGAACCGUCGCAAACGGCGCGGUUCGCUACUGUCCACGGGGUGGGUGCAGGGACGGUGACUUGCACGUGAAUCUUUCUACAGUGAAGCUGACUUGCGAUGCAUCUACCCCACUGUCUUUACCUCUACCAGCCGCGUUCCCAUUGUAAGACGACGUCAAGACGGCUGGAGGUGGCCGCAGAUGCAGUGGCUGAAGAAGCCAGACUGUCCGUCUACGCGUGCCACACGUGACCAUAUCCGUGGCUCCGUGCGUACUAGGCCUCCUUCGGGGGCUCACGAAUCCCACGUGAAUGAGAGUGCCAUAAAUGCCGCAUUUACAAAGAACCAUUGCAGCCCCGUCUUCAGUGGCGAGUAGGAGGGAGUUACCCGGUCAGCGUGCAACCUUGCAAAUCACGACUGUUGGCGCAUCAUGACAGGAUCAGAUGGGUCACACUUAUUGUGGCGAGGAGUACGCUGAUUGCCGUGAGCACGGAUUCCCCAGGAUUCGUUCCAGUCUCCCCUCCUCUGUACACCAAUGACUUGUCCGAGCUUGUCAGCCGGCAUGAGAUGAGAUUAACCUCAGCCAUUCCGGUGACUUAGAACUUAACCUAUUAUGUAGCAUAUGCAGGCAGAAGCAAGUUCAAAAUUCCUUCCGCAUUACCAGCGCCGGUAAGCAUCGGUUUGCGUUUGGUGUGUGAUGUAUAGGCGGCUUUGAUAUAUACACUUAAUCGGGUGUGUCCACUCAGUGACCGCAUCUGGAUAUCAUGUGAGCCUGAAUGAUAGACGAUACUUUAGCGAUUGUUGUCAUGGGUGCGCAUGAGACCGAAUAGACCCAUUCGGUGAUUGUACUUGCUGAUAUAGUGUGAAUAAGGAAGGCGUGAGUGACGGCCGAUGGUCCAGAAACUACUUUUAUCGUUCUGCGGGGGCUUCGCUGGUGACCGGUCAGAUUGAUGUGCCACUGUGAACGGGUUAGCGGUGUCUGUAUUCCCGCUGGUAGUUAGUGUUCUUUGAGUCCUGGUGGAAUCCGCGUCGUUUUGGCUUCGAACCACCCGACUGGAGCGAACCGGUACUGUAAAGAUAUUUCAAUGACGAUAGGUGGGGUCAGUCUACUUAAUGACGGUGCCGGUGUGGUUUGAUUGUGCAAGGAGUGAAUUACUGGUGACGGCAUUGCAGUGAGCCCGGAGGUGCCCAACAAGACCAGUCUUGGCCCUGAACGCGUGUUGACAGUGGAGAUUUUGAUAGGGUUUGUAUUGUCAGCGCUGGUUCGCGGCGUUCAAGUCUCUCACGCCUUUCGUCUCACUUUUGCCCCCCCCCCCUUUACUGUUGGCCUCGGCUUUCACAGAUGUUCGCCAUGCCUGACUGCCCUGUGCACUUGAGGGGUUUCCAGCGUGUCCUUAUAGCGUCAUUUUUGUUCUUGCUUGCGAGUUCAUGUGGCGGCGUUCCUACAGAAGGGUUGCUUCGGCGUGCACCCAUCAGUCACACACACGAGUUGCCUAGUCAGUUGUAGUUGGAUAUGCCUUAUGAAAACGUAGACGCUCAGCGUACCGGUUAACUUCAGGUCCCCUUUUGUCUGGGAUCCGUUCCGUCCACUUUGCCUUUUAUAUACCUCAAAGACAACUUAGACGGGAGCGUUUUAGCUUUCGUGCCUGACUUAGGUAAGUUAUUCAGGUAUCUGAGGCGUAAAGUAAUAUCGCGGAAAUGGCAGUCAUGCAAAUCCUACAUAGGCUGUUAAGGAAGAUGUCCUUGAACUUCAGAAAUCGUUUUAUACUUCAAGGGUUUUGCUGCCUCUACAGAUCCCGGCUGCAACCUCGUCGUCGAUUUUGUUGGUACUUGAGGAAUUGCUACCCCGAUAAAGCAUUCGUUUACCGCUGCGGAGCCGCUGCCACUAACAUUAGCCGAAAGAUUCGAUAGCUGGCCAUGAGGACUGUCUUCUGCGUGUUAAUACUCCGGAGUUGGGGUAUUGGGAUGAAUAUGUCCGAACUUCCCUGCCUGUUUACCUCACGUGUGCUGUUCUCUGCCCGGUUGUCGGCAAAGACGAGGUCAUAUCCUGCCCUUGAAAAUUUUUGCGACGGCCUGCAUACAGCGAAUUUCGGAGUUUCCCUGUCCAUACAGUAGUUUAUGUCGAUGCCUAAUCGAUCCUCUCGGUUGUCCCCCACUGGCCUUCCAGAAGGCAUGAAGCUGAGAAGGUGUGGGGCAUAGAAGCAGUCCCUCUCCACUCCGUAUGUUGCUUCUAAGGCACCCUAUGUCGAUCCAUUGUCCGUCGCGAGUUCCAUAACGCCCCUGAGAAAUGAAGUCUCUCGGUAGUUGUCGCCGACUUCUUUUGGUUGCGUCCUUUAAAUCUUACAGAAUCUAUCCUUGAGCGUAGUGCUGAACUUGUUGUGUUUUCAGGGCUGCGACACGGAAGCGAUCAGGUUGUCAGCCCUUGCACCCAUCCUCAUCUCCAGUCGGUUUGAUCUAGUUUUGCGGUGCGAACACGGUUUAGUGUGUGAUAAGAACGUGCAGUCAAUAAUAAGUCUUCCCCACCCUAACCCAACAAGCGCACAAAUCUACGCGCCCUCUGCUCUGUGUGUUCCUCACCGACCCUGUUCGAUGAGUUAGAAUAUGAAUCUUCAGUACAAUACACAUACUUAUGUCAGACUUCGCUCGGACCUUUGUCUAAUAACACAAUAUUCAUCCAUCCCAGGUCUUUUGGUACGAUACCAUCAUUUUUCCUGAUAUUGCGGGACAUGUCCCUGCCGUAUGAGUACACAUAACAGUAGAGGCAGUAUGACUCAGUCUCGUCUUUCGUAUAGCGUGCUAGGUGCCUGUGUUUGGAUGCCAAAAGCCUGCACUGUAACCAGGGGGGAGGGGGGGCUGGAAUCAGGGCAAGUGGAUAUAUGCAAAUGGAGGACGUACGAAUGUGGAAACCACUGCCUCUCACAGACUCGCCAUCGCCCGUGACACGUGCACGGGGUAACUUGCAUAACCCUGUGCACUGUUCGCAGAGCCGUGACGUUUCCGUCCCUCUUGUCUGCAAGGAAACCAAACACACACACACACACACACAACUCGCGUUCGGCCUGGGCGAGGGAUGCGGACGCCGGCUAUUAGCGUGCACCCCCUGUCUUGGCGAUGCAUGACAGUUGGGGGUGGAAACUAGGUCCACUUACUCACAGGUUCCUGCCACCAUGUGUGCUGCACCGAUCCUUUGUUUCGCCAAACGCUACUGAAAAACCGCUUUUUCGUAGACCAGCUUAGUUCUUGUCCUGAAAGUGUGAAGUGCUGCUGGUCGAAAAACAGUGAGCGGCUUAGCCACCCACAUUGAAGUUCCUUGAAGGGUCUCCGCCCUAUCAUCUGCACUCAACGCAGUAGUGCUCCUGUUAGUAGUUGAGGCACUGGACUUCACUUAAGACCAAAAAUGACUGACUGUGUUCAAGUUUCUGUCAGGGAAGUAUGGCUUUCCGGGUUGUAGCACAAACCUGAAGUGAUCGUUACCUCUGCGUGCCUGACGGUAUGCUUCUCCGCCAAGUUUGCUGUUGCCGAAAUUAUUAUUGCAAAAAGCAAAUUGAACCGAUUUAAAGUUUUUGUUGGUACUCAUUUUGGUCAGUUUUAGGGACCGAGAUGCUAUUAUGGCACAUGCGCGUCCGAGUAAAGAUAAGUAUUUUGACAACAAUGCAGCUGGCUGUAGUACAUUUUUGUUGGCUGGUCACAUUCCAUGCACUCUCGCGACCGAUGGCACGUCUAGUGCGGGCAGUUUAGUCAGGGGAUUAACAGCUCACGGUGGAUUGUCGGAAUUGUGUGAUUGCCGCAACGGAAAUCCCGGCUUAACAGUAGUCAGGCUGGAACGGGCCCACCUGCGAGUCACAUACAGUAGGUGGGCUAACUCGAAUGUCAACCGAAAAGAUUAAUUAAGUUGGGUUGUAAAAAUAAACAUUAUACAGCAUAAUUCUGUAUUAAUUCAGUUACCUCAGGAUGCCAGCAUUCGAACAAACUCCUCCCCGGCUGCAUGCAAAAACAAUGCUCUGUAAGAAUGACUACUAAGGUAGCAUGAAUUUUUCUCAAUGAAUUUCGAUGCCUUCAAUAAUUCAAUUAUAUUUGAUGGAAAACAUGCAUAAAAAUAUUCUUUUAGUCAUUCGGUAGAAAGUUACGUCUUCCAAUUUUAUACUCGAACGAAGGAUAUAAUUCGGUUUUAAAAAAGUUUUUAAUUGUGAGAUUUUUUAAUAUUGUGAGAUGGCCGUUCGUAACACGUCAUGUCUCUGCAUUUGCCAAUGUGGCUUGUAAAGUUAACAGUAUGGCUCAAAAUGCACUGCUAAAUUUUAUGAACUCUAUGUGAUCUCCUCGUAAUAGCGUAGAGAAAUGUAUGGUUUUUCGUACGAGGAAAAUAUAUGACUUGUAGUUUAGAAACCCUGAAUGCAGGUGUAGCGGCAAGUCGGGUUCAAAUUACUCAAGAAUUGGAGAAGGUUUUAAAAACCGAAGUAUACCUUCCUUCGAGCUUAAAACUGGAAGGAGACGUAAUUUUCGACCGAAUAGGCAAAAGAAUGAAUAUUUUUAUGCAUGUUUUCCAUGAAACAUAAGUUAACAUUUAAGGGCAUCGAAAAUUGAUGAGAAAAUGCAUGCUAUUUAAGUAGCCAUUUUUUACAAAGUAUAGUUGUUGUAUGCAGCUGGGGAGGAGUUCAUUCGAAAGCUGACAUCCUGAGGUAACUGAAUUAUUAUAUACAGUGCGUGACCGAUCUCAUGAAAUGUUGGCCAAAAUUCUGAAACGCGUUCCCGAUUAGGAAGGAGUACUUGGGCACGGUUGUUAUACUGAUUAUCAUGCAACAUAACCCUAUAAUAUUUCGGGCUCUCCAGGAUGUCGACAUUUGAAUGCAUUUCUUUUUGACCUCCUGCAGAAACCACACUCUGCAAAAAAAGACUACAUAAGUAGCAUGCAUUUUUCUCAUUGAUUUUCGAUGGUCCUAUAAAUUCAAAUAUAUUUUAUAGAAAACAUGCAUAAAAAUAUGCUUUCUUUUGCUCAUUUGGAAGGAAAUAACAUUGUCUGUAUAUUUUAUGCCCCACGAAAGUGUGUAUUUAGGUUUUGAGAAAGUUUCCCAACUCCCGAAUCAUUUUCAGUCUGAUCUGCCAUUGCAUCAGCGUUUGGCAAUUUCAGUCUACAAGGUACAUGCUUUCCGCGUAAGGAAAGUCAUAUAUUCCUCUAUGCCUUUAAGAAGAUACCACAUGGGGUUCAUGAAAUUUUGCAAUGAAUCCGAACUGUGUUGCACAUUUCAUGAAGAGCAUUGAUAAACGGACAUGUGCGGUCUUGCAUGCAUGGACAUCGCACGGUCUUAAAAAUCUCAUAAUUAGAAACUUUUUAAAAACCCAAAUACACACUUUCUUCGGACAUCAAAUAUGAAGAUAAUGUUAUUUCCUACCAAAUGAGCAAAAGAAAGCAUAUUUUAUGCGUGUUUUCUAUAAAAUAUAUUUGAAUUAAUAAGACGCUCAAAAGUCGUUAAGAAAAAUGCAUGCUACUUAAUUAGUCGUUUUUUAAAGUGUGGUUUCUGCAGGAGGUCAAAAAGAAGUGCAUUUAGAAGCCGACAUACUGGCGAGUCUGAAAUGUUAUAGGGUUAUGCUGCAUGAUAAUCAGUAUAACAAUCCCACUUAAGUAAUCCUUCCUAAUCGGAAACGCACUCCAGAACUUUGGCUAACAUUUCAUGAGAUCGGUCACGCACUCUAAUUAUGCUGCACAAUGUUUAGUUUUAUAACUCUGCAUAAUUAAUCUUUUCGAAACGAAAACGCCUUUUGGAAUUUUGGUUGACAUUUCAUGAGUUAGCCCGCCUACUGUACACGGAGUAUUGGUUGUUUUCACAACUUACAGGAGUGCCGCAGUGUCUCGACCUAAUUCUCGCGGUCUACUACUCGAUUUUGUUCCAGGAACCCAUCUUCUGGACCUGCGGCCUUCUUUUUUCGUCUGCUGCAGGAGAAAUUACUUUUAG